AUGGAGCCUGCCCGCGGAUUCCGUCGAUUCAAUGACCUCCCGAAAGAGCUCCGCAUCUUGAUCUGGGAAUACCACUUCCAGGCUCAUCGCAUUCACGUGGUUCAUCCCGCACCCGAGAGUGAGAAGAUAAAUCCGAUGAAGGAGGUUCUAGUCUAUUCCUGCACCAUUCUAGAUCCCGCAACCAAUCUCAUUAUCGAGGACAGACGCCCUCCUUCUCCGCUUGUGAACCGCGAGGCCCUCGAAGUCUUUCUAUGGUGUAAGCGCGUGUGGACUCCUAUUACCUUCAACAAGGAUCUCGCUGAAUCCGUGACGGCGAACCGGGGCCGUGUGCCUCCCCAGUUCGUCCAUUUGGCCGGUAAGCGCGACAUCCCGAAGGUACAGGAACGUCCUGUCUACAUCGACUGGAGCCGUGACAUUCUCUACAUCUGCGCUUCGCACACCGAGCAGACUUUCUGGUCACUGCGUUCCACUCCAUGGCGGAAUGAGGUUAGGAAGUUGGCACUGCUCAUUCCUCACGUCGGGUUCGCCGGUGCCAUCCCGUUUGGGCCGUCGGCCCCUAUCCGCGAGGUUCUUGACUACAUGCAUGGGGUCGAGGAGCUGUUUAUCGUGCUGAUUCCCCAGGCCGGUACUGCGCAGUCAGCCACCGCGCAGUCAGCUACCGCGCGCGAAGCAAUUGCCCGCCUUCCGAGGGACGUGCACGGUUUCGUCCCCUACGUCAACUAUCUCAAGGAGGCUGGCCUUGCGAAAAACCACAUGCUCUACAACCGCACCGCCAUGCUGAUUCGAGACGCUAUGGCUAGUGCGCCGAGAAAAAUCAAGAUUGAAAGAGUCGUUGAUGUCGAUUAUAUCACGACUCCUUUUGGCUACUACGAACGAAAACCCCGCUCGCCUUUUGCAACAACUGUCACAAGGCACUUAGUUAGUCCAUCCAAGAAGGAAUUAGCCCUUGAUUAG